CUUUCUCUCCUUCUUCCUACUUCUGGUUCGCUGAGCUCACUUCGUUAUGGCUCAGGCAGUUCAGAAACUUGUUGCACAGGUUCCAACUUUAGUUGGUGCCGCUGUCACGUUCUCCAAACCCCGACUAGCGACCUUCUGGCGCUACGCGCGCGUGGAGCUCGUCCCCCCGACCCCCGCUGAGAUCCCCAAAGCCCUGGAGGCAGCAAAGGGCAUCGUCAAGAGCUACCGGUCAGGACGCCUGGGACAAACGACAGUAAAGGAUGCCAUUAGGAACGGACUCGUGGCCACCGAGGUGCUGAUGUGGUUCUACAUUGGCGAGUGCAUUGGCAAAGGAGGCGUUAUUGGAUAUAAUGUCUAAAUGUCAUACUGUUCUUUCUCUUUGCACUUCUGUCACAUUCUCAACCAAAUGCACCAAAAAAUAAACAAUGCCCAUAGUCAUCGAAGUCUA